AUGGACAAUCUCUUUAUGAAAACCCAAGAGAAGCAUAGUCAUGUCAAUUCUGAUCAUGCUCAUGCUCAUGGUUUAUGCAUCCAACUCCCGGAUGAUAUCAUUUUUUCUGAACUGCCUGUGAAAUUUCUCAUGCGAUUCCGGUGUGUUUCUCAAUCCUGGUGUUUCUUUUUUACCCGCAAUGACCCUUCUUGUGUUGACCUCCACCUGUCUCGGCUUGGUGGCACCAAACUCCUAAUCUGUGCUAGGAACAGCCAUUUGCAACGCCAAUGUUUAUUAUUAGCCGACCUUGAGGGAGGUGGGAUCGGUAGGAUCACUCAAUCCUUAACCAUAACCUGUGAAAUAUACUAUAUCGGCAUGUUCGAAAACAUUAAUGGUUUGGUCUGCUGGCACCAUAUUGGUGGUUUCAUUGAGUGGAUCAUAUGCACGUACAUUUGUAAUCCUAGUACUCGUGAAAUCAUGAAACUUCCCAUAGCUCCGCCAAUAACAAAUACCACAUAUGUCUCAUAUCAUUUUGGUUUUGAUCCAUAUUCAAAGGGAUUCAAACUGCUGAACAUUCGAGUCUCAUUAAACUAUGCAUGUUUUUGGAUUCUCACCUUAGGUGAUAACUCAUGGCGACAUAUCUAUCCUGCCUUGCCUUUCGAUUUUGCUGAUGGUGCACUUCCAUGGUUGUUUCGGUUGAAAAACUGUGCAAUGAAAGUAAUAGUGGUUUUUGAUCUGAGAGACGAGGAGUUUCAUGUAAUUCAACUCCCUACUAUGAACAUUUUCCCUGAUGCAGACAUGGUUGUUCUACUUCAAGUUGAUGGACAUUUGAUUCUAGUAACUCCCUGUGAGGAGAUUUGGAGAUUGGAGGACUACGAAAACAAAGUUUGGAUGGAGGAAACUGUUACCAAUUCCACCCCCUUUCAAUAUUGGUGUCUUUGGCGCGGUGGUAAUGUUUUUGCUAUGCCUGCAGGCAAGGACUUGCAAAUGCUGUCUUCAUUAGUGGAAAAUGGAUCACGGCACCACCGCCAUUUAGAGGCACUGUACUAUCAUCCCGAGCAGAGAAGUCUUCUGAAAGUCCAAAUUCCUGAGUUAUCAGAAAGGGGAUUCUCUUUUAUUGAUGGUGUCAUGAGUCAAACCGAAAGCAUCCAAAACCUUCUCUUUCAGCGAGCAAUCAACAAAUGA